CAUCAGAGCUGACGUGGGGGCGACGUGGGGUCCGCGCCGGCGCCGGCGCAGAUUUGCUGGGCGGCGACGCCGCUGCUGAGCGGCGGCCGGCCUCGCCGUCUCCACCUCCUCCCGUCCGUAAUCAGUGACGAGGUCCGCUACGUAAAUCCCAUCGCGGCGGGAUAAAUAAAGAAGAAAACGGAGAAGGAGCAAAGCAUUGAUUACAAAUGUCUUAAUAAUGAGCAAAUGUGGCAGGAAAAAAUAUAUUAAGACAAAUCUAAGACAAAUGACCACGGAAAUAAUUGAAUCCCAGCAGGAUGGAAGUAUAACACAUUCUGUGGCAGAGAGUGAAUCUGCUCAUAUGCAAACUCAGGCUGGUCAAAAUUUAAUCCCUACUUUAGCUCAGGUAGCAACAAUUGCAGAGACAGAUGAGUCUGCAGGAUCAGAAGGUGUAAUUGAUUCUCAUAAACGUAGAGAAAUCCUUUCACGAAGACCCUCUUAUAGAAAAAUACUGAAUGAACUUUCCUCUGAUGUGCCUGGUGUUCCCAAGAUUGAAGAAGAAAAAUCAGGGGAGGAAGGAACACUGCCUCACAUCACUACCAUGGCAGUACCGACUAGCAUAUAUCAGACUAGCACGGGGCAAUACAUUGCUAUAGCCCAAGGUGGAGCAAUCCAGAUUUCUAAUCCAGGAUCUGAUGGUGUUCAGGGACUGCAGGCAUUAACAAUGACAAAUUCAGGAGCUCCUCCACCAGGUGCUACAAUUGUACAGUAUGCAGCACAAUCAGCUGAUGGCACACAGCAGUUCUUUGUCCCAGGCAGCCAGGUUGUUGUUCAAGAUGAGGAAACUGAACUUGCCCCAAGUCACAUGGCUGCCACCACUGGUGACAUGCCCACUUACCAGAUCCGAGCUCCUACUACUGCUUUGCCACAGGGAGUGAUGAUGGCGGCCUCACCAGGAAGUUUGCACAGUCCCCAGCAACUAGCCGAAGAAGCAACACGCAAACGAGAACUGAGGCUAAUGAAAAACAGGGAAGCUGCUAAAGAAUGUCGACGGCGAAAGAAAGAAUAUGUAAAAUGUCUGGAGAGUCGAGUUGCAGUGCUGGAAGUUCAGAACAAGAAGCUUAUAGAGGAACUUGAAACCUUGAAAGACAUUUGCUCUCCCAAAACAGAUUAGUAGAAAUAUUUAACUAUGAACUGAUUGCAACGUGCACAGUUGCUUUUGAAGGCAAUACAAUAUAUAGCCAGCAAGAAUUAUGGCUUUUUUCCUUUUUAUCAUUCAUUUUCUUCUCUAAUCUCUAACAUUCCUAAAAUGCUUCACUGUACGUAGUUAACUCUUAGCUAUAACUUCAAUUUUUUAAAAGAGACAAACUGUAAAAAUGUAUGUAACAAAUUCUUAAAAUGCAAUAUUUGUAAGACUUAUUCAGAUACCACAUAUUUGCAGUUCCCAGUCCCUGUGUCAUGAAUAGUGUCCUAUGCAAUAAAAUUUUUUGCAGGUCUUUAAAAAUCAUUUUAGGAAAGGAUGAUCAAAGAUAAUGCAUCCAGCAGUACAGUAAAAAUAAACCACAAAAACAUAACUCAGGAAAGAAUUUUUUAAAAAGUAUAUCUAAUGACAUGCCUAUAUGAGAAUAAUAGCCUAGAAAUGAAUUUAUGGCCUUUGCAGAUUUUUACGUUGGUUGCUUUGUAAAGAAAAUACUGUAUUGCUGUCCUUGAAUGCCACAGUUGAAGAAAGUUUUUAAUAGAACCAGGUUGGUUGCACUUUGUAGUGUUUGGUGCUCAUUUAAAUAUCUGAACAUUUACUACAGUUUUUACUCAUUGUAUAAUGUAAAUGAUCUUGUAGAAUUUCUUAGUCUUGGUUUAAUGUUAAGGCUUGGAGUGAGUUACAAGCCUAUUAGAACUGUAAUACAUACCUUCAUGGGUACUAGCCAAUUUCUGCAUUGGGUCAUAAUCCUAGCACAUGUUCUUUCUGCCAUCUCAUCAGAAGGACAGCCCCAGAAUUUGGCACACAGAAGCACAGAGCUGCAAUGAGAGAUUCAGCCUUUGUGAUGGAUGAGACCUUUCUGUAGAUGGUCUGGAGAUCUCCUCCUGAUGGGCCUGUAUUUUGAGCUUUAGCUAACAACCACAGGAAUUUCAAAGUAAAAAUGAAAACAACCCAAGAUUUUAUUUUUCAUUUCAAAACAGCUUGUGGUCCACAUUAGAUCAGAUAUUCUUAUGUCAGCACAUUCAGAUGAAAUUAAUUACAAUCGAGACAGCAAUGUUAUUAUUGGUAUCUACAUUUCAUCCUGUUUUUAUAAUAAAAGGCUUCAUUCAAGGUGUAAACCCAAAGCUCUAACCAUAUGAUGUGACGUCACCUCUCAUUCACUAACAUUUAUUGAAUGCCUACUAUGUGCUAGAGUGUGCUACACUUUUUGCUUCUAAUUCUUUGCUUCUAAUUCAUUUUUUGCUUCUAAACUUCUCAUUUGUUAAGGAUCCCUCCCACCCCCCAGUUUCAAUUGUGGAACUGAUCAAUGUGUAAAGGGAGUAUAAAAACAGAGGUCAUAUGUAUAGUGUCCAACUCCUGCUUCCCCCAUACCAUGGUUCUUUCCCUAUCUGUAACUCCCAGAAGGUAGGAUGAGUCAUUGUUGGCUUUCUUUAAAACUAUUUAUUCUUUCUUUAGAGUUUGAGCUCUGAAUUUCUUUUAUCUCAAUUUUUGUCUUUUCUUCUGCAGAGAAGUAAGGUGAGGAAAGAAGACAAGGAAGAAAAAGAGGAAAGGAAAACUCAGAGUUUCAGGUGAAGGAAAAUAGUGCUUUGCACUCAUUCAUUCAUUCAUUCGUUGUCAGUCAGUCAGUCGCUAUAAAUCAGUUGUGUUCUCGGAACGGCAGACAUGGAGAGAAAGACACAAGAAUCAGCAGACAAGAUGUAAAAAGUUAGAGGCAGUAAACGCUAUGUGUUAGAAUUAGAGGAAGAUGUAGGCAGGGAUUAAAUAAAAAACUUCAUGCAGGAGGUAGAUUUUGAACUGGGGAGGAGGGUAUUCUAGACAGGGAAUACAUGCUCCAAGGAGCUAGAAUUUGGGGGGCUGAAGGAGAUAAAGCCAGCAUUCACAUAAGAGUCAAUUUCAUUUUAAAAAGACGGUGUUGGGAGGGAAGAGAGAGAAAAUGAAUGUGUAUAUGUUCUUGUGUAUCCUCUAUAAAACAGAUUGUUAUUUCAGAGGAAGGGGACUGUAUCCAGUGACUUGGGGCUACAAGUAACAGAAGUCCCCCUUCCUGAACCUAAUGACUUAAACAAUAAGGAAGUUUUAUCACAGUCGUCCCCACAUACCCAUGGUGUACACGUUCCAAGAGGCUCAGUGGACGCCCAAAACUACAGAUAGUACCAAACCCUGGAUAUACUCGUGCUCUGCACAGAUUUUUUUCCUUCUUCACAAUUUCAUGGAUAGAAGAUUCCUUCUUACCAUAGAUUUUAGCAACCUCGGCAUAUGAUUUUUUUCCUUUCUUUAUUUCCUUUCUUUAUUAAGUCGAGAACUUCUACUUUUUCACUUACAGGAAGCACUUUAAAGCUCCUCUUUGGCUUAUCUGAAUUACCAGCAUCACUACUCUUGUGCUUUGGAGCCAUUAUUAAGUAAAAUAAGGGUCACUUGAACACAAGCACUGCGAUACUCCGACAGUGCAUUUGAUAACCAAGAUGGCUUACAUGACUAAAUGGCGGGCCGUGUAUACAGCGUGGUGAUGCUGGACAGCGGGGUGAUUCAUGUUGUGGAUGGGACAGAGUGGGACGGUACAAGAUUUCAUCACUGUGCUCAGAAUGGUGAGCAAGUUAAAACUUAUGGAUUGUUUAUUUCUGGAAUUUCCCAUUUAAUAUUUUCAGACUGCGGUUGACUGAGGAUAACAGACCGCAGAAAGCAAAACUGUGGAUAAGGGGGAACUACUGUACCUCACAAAACAACAAGUCCAGCGUUAGGAAGUCCCAGGAUUUGCUUAAGUUAGUGACUUAACAAUGGCAUCAUGACCAGAUUUUUCCUACCCAUUCUGCUCUACUUAGCUGGUUCACCUGAUCCUAGUAUUGCUGCCACAGUUCUAUGCACCAGAAAUGGAAAAGACAGCAUCCCCCACUUUUUUUGGUCCUGUUUGAAGAGCAAAAAAAACUUGCACAGAAGUUCUUCAGCAGGAGAUUCCCUCUGAGUCUAGCCAGAUUUUUAUCAUGACCUUGUUUCUUAACCAAUCACUGGCAAGGGGAAUGGGAUGAAAAACACUGGGUUGCUAGUGAAAAUUCAACCCCUGGGGCUGGGGAAAGUUUUAGCUUUUAGAUCUGGGAGAGGGAUCGGAAUCCGCCCCGGCCCCAGCCCCCCGAGAACCCGUGGACGUCACCGUCUGGAACAGUAUUGAUCCUUUUGAACUUUUUUUUUUAAAGUGUAAAUGGACCGUGUUGAGAUUUAAAAGGGGUGACAGGGAAGCAUAGGGCCAUCAGUGUUGAAUAAAAUUGGGGUUCCGAAAGAAUGGUGUGUAGGCAACUGGCAACGUCUGCCACUGGGAUGAUACGUGAGCACUAAAACUGUUCAGGAAGUUAGGGACAGCUUGUGAAAGGGUUGGGGCUGGAGCCAAGUUCUAAAAGAAGCGCAGGAACUCUUAUUCUUGCUCAUCUAUUUUGUCCCUAAAAUCCAAGCUUUUACUACCAAAGUAGCAUGAUUUGAUAGCUCUCCGUUCAGCCUUACAGCAGAUAUUGCCUACAACCUCCCACUGAACAGAGCAAGCAGGAAACUGGAAGCUUUGCAUGAACACUAGAAUCCUGUAUGUCAGUGUUGCACAGAAUCCAGAGCUGUCAUGCCUUUGUGUCUUUUUUUCAUCCUAAAACGUUUCAGAAUCUGGACUUUUGGACAUAGUAAUAAGUGAGCCUGGAUCAUGGGGUUACACUACCUCGUUUGUCAUAUUUAACUAGGUACUUCAUCAUGCUAAAUCAUGUGAAAUGGGAAAAUAAAGGAAAUAGACAUGUGCCAGUA